CAACUACAUCAUGAUGAUGCACACUCUGGAUGAUGGCAGAAUACUGGUUUGUGGAACCAAAGCAUUCGACCCUACCUGCACACACCUGGAAGAAUUUAGUUUAUUGAAAUAAAACAGGAAAGGAAGUAAAAACAUGGAUCGCUAAGAUAGUCGACGAAGGAAAUGUCACCAUGAACAACACAACUGAGAAUGCCAGAGGAAAAAUUCCCUUCAAUCCCACAGAAAGAUUUGCCUCCAUUUUGACUGAAAACAUGUUAUUUACCGCUGGCUCCUUAGACGCCCUGGGAAAAAAACCUGCUUUCCAAAAACAUACGGAUAAUGUGAUCAAGACUGAAGAGGGAGUCAAGUUUCUCUCCGAGCCUACCAUGGUUUCCAUACAUAUGGCCGAAAUAAGCAAUCAUUCAGAGAACAACGAGGACGACAACGUGUUCUUGUUCUUCAUUGAGGACAGUUUAGAAUCCCAACACCAAACGCGGCUGUCGAGAGUUGCACGAGUGUGCAAAAGUGACGUGGGAGGAUCGACAAUAAUGCGGAACAGGUUUGUCUCUUUCCUGAAAGCCCGUCUGGAUUGCCCGUUUGGAGACGUAGGCGCUGCCGCUCUGGUGCAGGACGUCUUUUUUCUACGAGAUAAAAAUAAUAUAAAAAACAGCCUCUUCUACGCAACAUUCAUCUCAAACAAGAACCCGUCCAGUACCUGCAGUCAGUCUGCUGUCUGCGCCUAUAGGCUGUCAGACAUCAGGCAUGUUUUCACGGGGGGAUUAGUGAGUAGGAGUCCUUCUGGCAGCUGGACGACGGUAACAGAACCAUUUCCUCCCCUCUAUCUUCAUACAUGUAUUAAUGAUGAAAUGCGAGCCAAAGGUGUGAGGACUUCUCGGGACCUUCCAGAGAAAACCCUGGAGUUUGUGAAGCUCUACACUGUGAUAGAGAAAAAUGUGACACCGAUCACUGGGAAGCCCCUGCUGGUUCGGUCUACGGCCCAGUUCUCCAAAAUUGUUGUUGACAAAGUAACCUCUCUGGAUGGACAGCAGCACAGCGUCAUGUUUAUUAGCAACAACUCUGGUUGGGUGCAGAAGGCGGUGUGGUCUGAUGAUGAUGGAGGGCGAAUCAUUGAGGAGUUGCAGCUGUUUCAGGAUCCUCAGCCCAUUCGCUUCCUUCAGCUCUCCUCUAGAAGCGGUCAGCUGUACAGCACAACUAGAACUGCUGUUGUUCAGCUCAGUGUGAGGGACUGCAGCCGCUACACAUCCUGUAUUGACUGCCUUAUAGCCAGAGAUCCAUACUGUGGCUGGAACCGUCGCACAGGCCUGUGUGCUGCUGUUGCUGGUGCUUCAAACCUCUCCAUGAUCCAGAACCUCAUUGAUGGUGACUUUGGAAUUUGCCCAAGCUAUUAUUUGCCAAAGCAGAUUACCGACAUCCAGCUCACACUUGACGUCGCGCAGUUCCUCCCCUGCUCUCCUGAUACCAAUUUCCCCAUCAUCUGGAACUUCUCUGGUAGCAUCCUUGAGCCCAGUCCCCGACACAUUCUGCUCAGCCAGGGACUCAUUUUAACACCUUCCUUCACUGAUCAAGGCUUUUACACCUGUGAGACAGUGGAAGUAGUUAAAGGCAGAGAGCACAGGAAGGCAAUGAUCCAGUACAACGUUAAGGUUUCAGUGUGUGGGGAAACCUUGAUUCUGGCUAUGGUUACCUCUAUUUUAGCUCUUCUUUGUGUUUUGUGUCUAUUGUUCUACAUCUACGUGUACUGGAAGCAGAAAACUCCAAACCGUGUUGGCAGUAGCAGUGUGAGUGAUGAUAGCUCUGAGCAAUCAGGGUCCUGUGACUGUGGGAGUGAUCCUGAUACUAAGAAAAUCAUAAUAACUGGGAAGGAAAAGAGGAGAAAAUCCAUCAUUUAAAACAGAUUUAUAGUUUCAUAACAGAACAACCCACUUUUGUUACCCUUUGCACAUCACUGCCAUUAACUCUGUAAAAA